AUGUUAGAUAUCAACGCCUUCUUAGUCGAAAAGGGAGGUCAACCCGAUAAGAUUAGAGAGUCCCAAAAGAAAAGAGGGGCCUCUGUAGAGCUUGUGGAUGAGAUCAUCAAUGACUACAAGGAAUGGACCAAGAUUCGUUUUGAGUUGGAUGAAAUCAACAAGAAGGCCAAUGCUGUUCAAAAGCUGAUUGGUCAAAAGUUCAAGGCCAAGGAAGAUGCCAGUGAAUUAUUGAAGGAGAAGGACGUUUUGGCCGAAAGUAAGAAGGCCUUACUUGAAAAGGAACAAGCAGCUGACAACCAAUUACGUUUCAAGGUUAACCAAAUUGGUAACCUUGUUCACGAAUCAGUUGUUGAUUCUAUGGAUGAAGAAAACAAUGAAUUGGUUAGAACUUGGGUCCCAGAAGGAUUUGGAGAAGUUGGAGCCGUUGCCACUGCUACUGGAGCACCAGCCAAGUUAUCUCAUCAUGAAGUCUUAUUGAGAUUGGAUGGUUAUGACCCUGAAAGAGGUGUUAGAAUUGUUGGUCACAGAGGUUACUUUUUAAGAAACUAUGGUGUAUUUUUGAACCAAGCAUUGAUUAACUAUGGGUUGAACUUUUUAGCUCAAAACGAUUACACCCCUUUACAAGCCCCAGUUAUGAUGAAUAAAGAUGUUAUGGCCAAGACUGCUCAAUUAUCUCAAUUUGAUGAGGAAUUGUAUAAGGUUAUUGAUGGUGAUGAUGAAAAGUAUUUGAUUGCUACUUCAGAACAACCAAUCUCUGCUUAUCAUGCUGGUGAAUGGUUUGAAUCUCCAGCAGAACAAUUGCCUGUUAGAUAUGCUGGCUAUUCUUCAUGUUUCCGUAGAGAAGCUGGUUCCCAUGGUAAGGAUGCCUGGGGUAUUUUCAGAGUUCAUGCCUUUGAAAAGAUUGAACAAUUUGUAUUGACUGAACCUGAAAAGUCAUGGCAAGAAUUUGAUAGAAUGAUUGACAUUUCUGAAAGAUUCUAUCAAUCAUUGGGUUUACCCUAUAGAGUUGUUGGUAUUGUUUCUGGAGAAUUGAACAAUGCUGCUGCUAAGAAGUAUGAUUUGGAAGCCUGGUUCCCUUUCCAAAAGGAAUAUAAGGAAUUGGUUUCAUGUUCCAACUGUACUGAUUAUCAAUCUAGAAACUUGGAAAUUAGAUGUGGUAUCAAGCAACAGAACCAAACUGAAAAGAAGUAUGUUCAUUGUUUGAAUUCUACCUUGACUGCUACUGAAAGAGCCUUAUGCUGUAUUUUGGAGAAUUAUCAAACUGAAGAUGGUUUAGUUAUCCCCGAAGUAUUAAGAAAGUAUAUCCCUGGUGAACCUGAGUUUAUUCCUUUUGUCAAGGAGUUACCCAAGAACUCGACCUCCCUCAAGAAGAACAAGAAGUGA